AUGAUAGCAGAUCACACAUCAACUGAUUCAAAUGACUGCGAGAAUACAUAUGAGGACAUCUACGCCAAUGAAGAUGUCCCUGAGACUUGCAAGACCAAUAGCCCUGAGGGAACCUCAGAAGUCACCACCGUGGGUGUGGGUGGCAGACUGGCUGCAGUGUUUCUGGGGCUGCUGUGUGUUCUCCUUUUGGCUGGUAUUACAGUGCUGUGGAUUCAUUUCACUGCAGAGAAAGACUGGCUUCAGAUCAGUUACACCAACCUGACUAUAGAGAGAGACCAGCUACAGACCUGUUACACCAAUCUCACCAUAGAGAGAGACCAGUUACAGACUAGCUACACCACACUCAUUAAAGAAAGAGACCAGCUGCAGACCAGUUACAUCGAACUGACCACAGAGAGAGACCAGCUGCAGACCAGUUGUACCAAAUUGACCAUAGAGAAAGACCAGUUACAAAAGGACAGAGAUGGACUCAGGAAAAAGCUUUCUGAACUGGAGAAGGUCAGCAAACAGGGAUGGAUCUGUUUCAGCUGUAAUCUCUAUUGGAUCUCUACUGAGAAGAAGAACUGGGCUAAGAGCAGAGAGGACUGCAGAGACAGAGGAGCAGACCUGCUGAUCAUCAACAACAAAAAGGAACAAGAGUUCAUCACCAGAAAGUUCAGUGGGACUGAGGCUUGGAUUGGUCUGACAGAUAGUGAGACAGAGGGGGUCUGGAAAUGGGUAAAUGACUCAGCAAUGACCACCGGGUACUGGUGGAAAGGGGAACCCAAUGAUCAUGGAGGACGUGAGGACUGUGCUAUAACUAACUACAAGUCUGCUUUAUCCAAUGUGUCAACCUGGGCUGAUUAUCCCUGUUCACAUCCUGUAGUUGGGAUCUGUAAGAAAAACAUCAACUUGGAGUGA